GGGCCCCUUUGUGCUGCUGCUGCUCGGAUCUGCCCUAAGACACGCGGCGGAUGCGUCACGGCGGAGGCGCUGCUGCUGCUGCGAGCUACGCGCACGAGCCCAUUAACCCCAAGGCAGCCCAGCGCCGAUCGAUCGCGUCGCUCCCCUGCACCCAGCCUCCCGCCCGAGCCGCUCCGAAGAGGCGUCCGAGCCGCGCCGCCAUUUCCCAGCGCUGAAACAGAGAGCUCGGAGCCUCCCCCACCUUGCACCCACCCACCAGCCCCGCACAGAGAGAACGGCAGAGGAGCAGCUGAGGAAAUCCUUUUUUCUUUUUAAUCCAGGAAGGAUGGUGAAACUAGGGAAUAAUUUCAGUGAGAAGAGCACAAAGCAGCCCCUCUUGGAGGAUGGAUUUGACACUAUCCCCUUGAUCACACCCCUGGACGUCAAUCAGCUACAGUUCCCACCUCCUGAUAAGGUUGUGGUCAAAACAAAAACAGAAUAUGAACCUGAUCGCAAGAAAGGAAAAUUUCGUACUCCCAAAAUAGCUGAAUUCACAAUCAGCAUCACUGAUGGAGUUUCUGAAAGAUUUAAGGUAACUGUUCUGGUCCUUUUUGCUCUUGCGUUCUUAACGUGUGUUGUAUUUUUGGUCGUCUACAAGGUUUACAAGUAUGAUCAUACCUGUCCAGAAGGAUUCGUUUUCAAGAACAAUCAAUGCAUUCCAGCUGGAUUAGAGAAUUACUACUCUGAGCAAGACUCCAGCGCUCGAGGGAAAUUUUACACUGUCAUAAACCACUACAAUCUGGCCAAACAAACCAUCACACGCUCAGUGUCUCCAUGGAUGACAGUACUGUCAGAAGAGAAAUUAUCUGAACAGGAGACUGAAGCUGCUGAGAAAUCAGCUUAGUGUGAUUAUUAAUGUCAUUUGAAGGUAACUAAGGGACUUUAAGGAACUUUUCAUUAAAUAUAAUUAUGGAUAAUUUAGAGGUUACUCAUGUUUAUGGUGCAAUUGCUUCUGUUUGCUGAUACCGCUUUGCAAAAAACAAAAAUCUUGCUACAAAACAUUCAUGGGCAUAAAAUAAAGUGCAUAUCAGCAUUGCUUUAGAUCUUUGACACCAUUUUCAAUGUUAAGAAAUCAAUUUUAGAUAUUUUCUUGCAAUUUAUUGGAUGCUGACAGAAUUUUUCACUGGAUUUUUCAGUGAUUUGGACUUCUCACAAAUGAUGUGCUUUAUUGUCUGAACUGAUACUUUUUUAUUAUGUAGCCAUUUUUGCAAACUGAAACAUCAUAGCCAUAACUAGAGUGAUCUCUUGUUUAGCAAAGAGCUGUAUUUAAAACUUGCUUUCAGCUCAAGUAAGGCUGUUAUCAGAACUGCUAUCAAGGGUAUGCUGUAAUGAUUAGAAUGGAGAAAGGAAAAAAAACCCGUCAGGUAGCAUUUUUUUCUUCACUGUUGAUUUGUAAGUGAUAAUGAAGUUCUCUGGAACAAGGCAUGCUCAAUGUUUUAUUAUUGCUGUCAACAAAAUUUCACUACAUUUCCACUAUGGCUUUAGUAUGUUAGUAAGUAUGUGCACUGAAACACAAACUAGAUAGGACACCGGAGAGAGACACGUUUUUAGCUAUGGAUUUGUUCAGAUUGUAUAAAAACAACUUAUGAACUGGAGGGAUAAGAAAUGGCAUCCUUUGAUUGCAGUGAACAGGCAGAAAGCCUUUCACUCUAUUUGUAAUCCACUCUGUAAUUUCUCUGAUAUGACAGAGGGAGUAACAUUUAAAAAACACUUUUAUACAAUAUUAACACUUUCCCUUUUUAUACAUUCUGAAUAGCUUUGAGUUAACUAUGCUGUUUGCAGUUUGCUGAUUUGCUGAAACAUUACAGGACAUCACAAGUGAAACAGCUGUCUUAGUUUAUGCUACUUGCUGUUUUAAAGUUGACUUAAGAAUCAUAACUGUGUACAAUAGAAGAAAAAAGACCAUACAAGACUAGUACUGUGGGCGCAUGUUCAAGUUUGGUGUUUUCUUGUAUUGCCAUUUUUUUUGUAUGAAGCCAUGUUUUUAGUUUAAUCUUCAAUAAGCAUUACAAAAAUAAUUUGCUUAAUCUUCCAGUUAGACAAAUUAAGCGUGUGAAGCUUUUAGGUAUGAGAUUAACUUUUCCUUUCAUAUUACUUGAAUGUGAUAUUUCUAGUGGACAUGUCAAAAGUUUCAUUGUUGUAGACAUGAUACAAAAAUGAAAGGAAAUAAUUUGUCUAGUUUUGUACUCAAACUUGGUUAGCUUCAUUUUUGGGUUUUCUUCUAAUCAAUUAUUAGCGUAUUUAGUAUCAAGAACUUUACAUCCCAAUAAAGUACAAAAUGGCCACUACUACUCUAUAGGUUUAAUACCAAACAUAAUGUUAUUAACAUCAUAGAGUUAUAAAUCACAAAAGGUUUCUGUUAUGCUGCAUGGGAUGCAUAAAAAGCAAUAAAUUAUGUGCCAAAAUUUCUUUGCAUUUUUUAAAAUUAACUUAUGUAAACACAUUAAAACAUACCAUGUUUUGUUUUCUAGUAGAGAUGUACUUUAUUGAAUGUAAAUAAUUCACAUGUAACUUUUGACAUUUUCACUUCAUGCAAAAUAAAGAAUAAGAACAUUGCCGGUUGCAAAGAGCAUGUUGACAUACAUUUCCCAAGAUACACAGUAAAAUGUACUUCUAAAAUUAAUUUUUACCAAAAUAUGAAUUUAAAUUUUAGAAGGAAAGAUUUGUUUCCCAUUAUUAUCAACCAUAGAUUUGAUUAAUAUAUUUUCCUCUUAAAAUUAGAUCAGUAAACAACUUCAUUGUACAGCCAGCUGCUGAGCAGCAAGACUACCAUCAUAAAAGUAAACUUCCAAAAAAAUUAUGAUGAAGCAGCUGGAAACAUAAAACUCAUUUGGUGACUGAUCCUGUACUUCUUGAAGUCAAAGGGAGUUUUUCCACUGACUUCAACAGAAGGUGGUUCAUAAACUCCUGGCUCCAACAGCUUCUCAAGUUCUCCCAUCCUGUCUAAAUAGGUAGUUAAUAGUUUUAACACUCCAAAACGUUUGGUUUAUAUAUUACCUAUUUCUCAGCUUUACUCCAUCUUAAUACAAUCUGUUUACUAUACAUACAGAACACUUCCCCAACUUCUUGGAACAGUGUGUAAGUAAAGCUUUACAACAGUGUUUAAAAGACAAUUAUUUUCCAGCAAAUACUCGUGAGCCCUGUACAACCCAAUUCUACAGAAAUAGGAGCGAUGAUCACAUAUGUACAAUUAUUACAAUUUGUAGUGAGUGAUGUGACCAAAAAUGAAACCUGAGAAGACUGAUUAAAAAAAAGCUAAAUGCUGUAUACUGCCACAGUUUUUUUUCAUUGUAUAUCCUGAACUUUCCACUAACUGGCAUGAUGGGCUACCCGUUUCCUGAAUGUUGUAUAAUUUAUUUUGCUGAAAAUUUCUUGCAGCUCACUAAACUCCAGAGUGCUUUUCGUUUGCUAGCUGAUUCAAAGUUUUCAGUUUUGAAAGACUACCUACCUUUGUUUUAUGUAGCUGCUGAAUGGGCUUAAAUAGUAUUGAUCUGCAUUACAAGAGUGGGUAUGUGUACACACUUUUUGCUGGAAAAUAUUCGAGUCACAAGAGUAUGGCAUUUGCAGAUAGUGUACCAUUUUUUGAGAGACGGAAUGUCUAAAUCUUAUACAAAUAUAACACACAGGGUUUAUUAGCUGUCAUACCAGUCCAGGAAAAGCAAGGAGAAUGAACACAUUACAAGGAAGAAAAGGAUCCACACUCGAAAUCCAGCAUUUUUUUUGAUUGCCUGUAGGAAGAUAUGAGCUCAAUGACUAUUUUUUCCUAAAAAAUUCUGAAUUUCAAUAAUGUGACUCAACUAACAGUCAAUACAGGCCCAAUCUGGCACCUCUUGAAGCCAGUAGUAAAGCUGCUCAUUGACUUCAAAGUUAGGCCCAUAUUUCUGUAGUCUCACCCCAUGACACAAUUCUCAAUUUCCAAAGCAGAGUCAGCUGAAAGAAGAAAAGGCAUUCCCCCAUUCACCAAGAUAGUUGGGGUUAGUUAAUAAUAGAAUAUAUGCUAUAUCCAAUAAUGAAUAGUUCCUAAAGAAAGAGCCAAAAAUUAAUAAAAAAUGCAUAUACAUUCUAUUUACAUGCCAAAAGUUGACAUUCUAAGAAUAAGUGAUGCAGCUUCUCUAAACAGUGCAAUUAGAGCUCUGCUAUGAUUAAAUAACUUGAGAGUGACUGUUAUUGAGGGCUGAUUUAACAUUGGUUUGAGCUAUCUUUAAAUAUUAUAAAUGACCAAGUCCAAUUUCAAAAUAAACACUGAUUCCAAGAUUUGUUUUCAACUGAAAUGGUAAGGCUGGGGGGUUAUUUUAGACAUAAUGUCAACAGAUUAUCUUAAACAGUAUCAGUCUCAAUUCUUAAAUAGAGAUGUUUUCAUUUGUCUACAAAGAGUUUUCUAGGUAGGGAAACUGAAGCACAGAGAUUAAGCAACUUCCUGAGUUAACAUGCAUCAUGUGAGGAAGUGGGUUGUGUCCAUGAAAGCUCAUGAUACUCUCUAUAUUUGUGUUAGUCAUUAAGGUGCCACAGGACUACUCCUUUCAGAAGAUCUAUGUUCUAGUCACAGCUCUGCCACUGAUGGACUUUGUUACAUUAAAUAAAUCAGUUACUCUGCCUCAGUAGCACCAGCAAUUAGAAUGAAGACGAUGCUCAGAGUCAUGAAUGAGAUGUGCGGAAUAUUAAGUCUACUGACAAUGUGUCUUAAAAGAUUAAUCUCUGCCACUUCAUGCUACUUUUUGGAUAACUGAAUAUGAGAAAUAAAAUACCAAAGCAAAGUCUCUGAAAAUAAAGCCCCAAACAGAUUUUCAAAAAUAGAUGCCUAAUGAUAGGAUCCUAAAUUCAUGUUUAGGCAGUUAGAUAAAUGAAUCUAUAAAUAAGACCUUACCCAGUAUGGGGAAGGCCUCUUCUGAUAAAGCUAAUGUGUCAUGACAACAUUCCCAUCAAUGUGAGUGGUGUCCUUUUCCACCAAACCUUUAGGGACACUGCAUAGGUGACUACAUGCAGCCCAGGGUCUCUCACAUCUUUAACAAGGAAGUGAAGAUUAGCAAAGUUUACAGGUCCCAGUGAUUGUUCAGUCCAAGAUUAGUGAGACAAAGUUCAACAGGCUACACUUCCUUUUAAGUGAUCAAGUUAGCUUCGACCUACACUAUUAUUGCUAAUCAGGUAUGCCCUUAAGGUAGUCUUCAAGUUGCAAAUCUAGCCAUGGUAUAUAGUCAUGAAUAUGCAAAAAUGCUUUGAUAGUUAGCAAGAAAUGCAUUAGAACACAACAUAGUAACAUUACCUCUCUUAUGUCUUCAUUGCCUUCUUUGAUAUUCUCUGUUGCACCCACAACUAACUGAUGAAUAUUGUCAAUUUCAGUGUCCUGUUGAGCAAGAGUUCCAUAAAGACAAUGACAAAUUCUGCAGAAAAAUGUUAACUGUAAAGCUCUGGGUCAGAAUAGAUCACAAAUAUGAAAUAAAGAAGUGUGUUUGUGUUAA